AUGGCUUCUGCUCCUGAUACUACAUCCAUCCCGGGUUAUACAAUCUUCCGGGAGGGAGACUAUGACAGUGUUGCUGCAACUGCCAUGCUCCCGCAGGGAACUCCGCACCCGCUUGACCAGCUUUCCAUUUUGGAAAUCCCAGAGGCUGCCGCUCUCAUUCGCCAACAUGCUAGCCCCAAGACCAUCAAGUUUAACUGCCUUACUCUGCGGGAGCCCCGCAAGGCCGAAUACCAGGCCUUCAAGGCCGGUCAGAUCCCCGCGCCUGACCGCCGCGCCUUUGCCAUCAUCAUUGAGAUCGAGACCAAGAAGGUCGCCGAGGUCAUCGUCAAUUUGAAGUCCAAGAAGGUUGAGGAGUGGAAGGAGGUCUCCUCGGUUAUGCCCACCCUCACUCUUGAGGAUCUGGAUGUCAUGGAGCGCGUUGCUCGUGCUGAUCCCCGUGUUAUCCGUGCCUGCAAGGAAAUCGGCAUCACUGAUAUGAGCAAGGUCUUCCUUGAUGCCUGGGCGAUUGGCAUUGACGAGCGCUGGGGCUACGAGCGCCGUCUCCAGCAGGGUCUCGCCUACUACCGUAACUCGGAGUUCGACAACCAGUACGCCCACCCUCUCGACUUCAGUGUCGUGGCCGAUACCGAGACCGAGGAGGUUCUCAGCGUCGAUGUUCGCUAUGUCAACGGCGAGCGCACAGCCGUGCCUCUUCAGGAGCACAACUACAUGCCCGAUUUCAUCGGCGACGGCUACAUCCACGACCGCCUGAAGCCCAUUGAUAUCACCCAGCCCGAAGGUGUUUCCUUCAAGGUCCGCGGUAACGAGCUGCAGUGGGCCAACUACAAGAUGCACAUCGGCUUCAACUACCGUGAGGGGAUUGUCAUCUCGGAUGUCCGCACCCACGAUAUGUACGAGGACCGCGAGCGCACCCUCUUCAACCGUAUCUCUGUCGUCGAGAUGGUCGUCCCCUACGGCUGCCCCGAGAAGCCUCACCACAAGAAGCACGCCUUUGAUGUCGGCGAGUACGGUACCGGUCUGAUGACCAACUCCCUGAAGCUGGGUUGUGACUGCAAGGGUGCCAUUCACUACAUGGACGGUAUCAUGACCACCAGCAAGGGUGAAGCCGCCGUGAUCAAAAACGCCAUCUGCAUCCACGAGGAGGACAAUGGCCUUUUGUACAAGCACACCGACUACCGCGAUGGCACGGUCAUCUCCGCUCGUGACCGCAAGCUUAUCAUCUCUCAAAUCAUCACUGCCGCGAACUACGAGUACGGCUUCUACCACACAUUCACUCUCGACGGCACCUACAAGCUCGAGAUGAAGCUCACCGGCAUGCUGAACACCUACUGCAUGCACCCUACCGAGACCGCCGCUCCCUUCGGCACUGAAGUGGCCCCCUCGAUCAACGCCCACAACCACCAGCACAUCUUCUCCCUGCGUAUCGACCCCGAGAUCGACGGCACCAACAAUACAGUCAUCCAAUCUGACGCAGUCUCCUCGGAUGCCCCCGUCGGCUCCCCAGAAAACCCUUACGGCAACGCCUUCCUCAGCAAAAAGACCCCCCUCCGCACCUCCCUUGAAGGCGCCGCCGACUACUGCUACGAGACCCAGCGCUCAUGGGAUAUUGUUAACCCCAACCGCAUGAACAAGGUGGCCAAGAAGCCCGUCGGCUACAAAAUCCUCAACAACAACUGCCCACCUCUCCUCGCCAAGCCCGGCAGCACCGUCUACAAGCGCGCCGGCUUCGCCCGUAAGCCUCUCUGGGUGACCCCUUACAAGGACUACGAACUCUUCCCGGCCGGCGACUACGUCUGCCAAUCCACCGGCGAAGAAAACCACCCGUACAACAGCACAAUCGUCGACUGGGCCAACCGCAACGAGAACAUCGAGAACACCGAUAUCGUCUGCUACCUGCAGUUCGGCUUGACACAUUUCCCCCGUACGGAGGAUUUCCCCUAUUAUGCCCGCGGAGCCAGUCAGCAUCAUGUUGCGUGCGUCGAACUUCUUUGA